UACUUCCCAACGCAAGCAUUGAAUUUCGCAUUCAAGGACACGUACAAGAACAUUUUCCAAAAAGGAGUGGACCGUCAAAAAGAGUUCUGGAAGUUUUUCGCUGGAAAUCUGGCGUCCGGUGGAGCAGCUGGAGCAACUUCUCUCUGUUUUGUGUAUCCUUUUGAUUUUGCAAGAACCCGAUUGGCAGCAGAUGUUGGGAAAGCAGAAAAUCGAGAGUUUAAGGGAAUCAUGGACUGUUUGGUAAAAACUGCAAAAUCCGAUGGGACCAUCGGAUUGUACAGAGGAUUUGUGGUUUCGGUGCAAGGUAUUAUAAUCUACCGUGCUGCCUAUUUUGGAAUGUUUGACACCACAAAAACCCUAUUCACUCCCGACGGUCAACAAUUAAACUUCUUCAAAUCAUGGGCGAUUGCUCAGAUAGUUACAGUAUCCUCAGGAAUCCUAUCGUAUCCUUGGGAUACGGUAAGACGGAGGAUGAUGAUGCAAUCGAAUCGAAAAGACGUUUUGUAUAAGAAUACAAUGGAUUGUUUGAGGAAAAUUUUUAAGGAUGAGGGACCGAUGGCACUAUAUAAAGGAGCACUUUCGAAUGUCUUCCGUGGGACUGGUGGAGCAUUGGUGUUGGCGAUUUAUGAUGAAAUUCAGAAGCAUAUUUAA